AUGCCAGGAACCAAGCUCUGGUUGGCGCUGGAAAGCAACCCUGAGGUGAUAACCACUUUCAGUCACAAGAUUGGAUGUCCUCCAACCUGGCAGUUUCAUGAUGUGUUCGGCACUGAUCCUGAACUGCUCGCAAUGGUGCCAACACCUGUCGUCGCAGUACUCUUCUUAUUUCCAUUGACUCCUGAAAUAGAGCAGUUUGCAACAGACUCUGUUGAAAAAAUCAAAAAGGAAGGACAGUCUGUCCCUGAGAGUCUUUGGUUUUGCAAGCAGAAGAUCGGCAACGCUUGCGGCACGAUGGCUGUACUACACGCGUUACUCAACUGUCAAGAAUCGAUGGAGAUCGAAGGCUGGGCAAAGAGACUCUACGAGAAAACAAAAACAAAAAGUCCUGACGACAGGGCUGAUGAGUUGAAUGAAGACACUGAGUUGGAAAGUUUGCAUCAGAGCGCAGCGGAAGAAGGCCAAACGCAAGUACAACCACAAAUGGAUGAUGUUGACUCUCACUUCCUCUGUAUCGUACAUAAGGACGGCAGCAUGUACGAGCUUGAUGGACGGAAGCCCUUUCCUAUCAACCUUGGAAAAUCAAGUCCGUCUUCCCUUUUGCAGGAUGCAGUCGGGAGUAUCAAGGAGAGAAUCUUUGAUCGCGAACCAGGGCAGGUGAACUUCUCAAUCAUGGCUCUGGGACCAGCCCUGCCAUUAGAUUGAAAUAGUAACAAGACUUUCAUUUCAAUUCAAAGAUGAAACAUAAGCAAUUUGUUUC